UUGUAAGCAAGUUUUUUUUGACUAAGAUGAUCACGCUUUGAGAAUCUUCCAACGUCGAAUGCUGUGCAUUUAAAUAUGACUGUGGUGACCGUUACUGUUCCAAAACCGAUCGGCCAUCUUGGUUAGUUCGGUCAUCACCGUUCGUUUUUCCAUCUUGGCCUGAAAAGCUAUUCCUAUGAAAUGAAUUUAAUUUAAUGAACUUCCAUGACGUAUUACCUUGAGAGUGCUAUCGUCAGCAGCAGAGAAUUGCAGGAGGAGUUGGUUGUUAUUUUCCAACUCUGCAGCCUGCUGCAGAAGUCCUUCCAGCAACUCCUGGUCUCCCGCCAUCUGCUCCUCCAGUUUACGAGCUUCAGCCUCCCUCGUCAGUUGCAGAAUGGAAGGAGGUCGAGGCGAGAGCGCGAGCUCGCGCAACGUUCUCGACGAUGAGGGAUCUGAGACGAGCCCUGGUCUUUCAUACAAGAUUUUCGUGAGGAUGGAAGAGCUGCUCGACAAAUUGAAACUCCUCGACUACGACCACCUCUUCGUCAUGAAACUCAGGAUGAAGCCACUGAACAGACAUUACUUCGCACUGGCCACCAGCACUGGGGAGCAGUUCUACAUAUUCGUGUCGCUGGCGGUGUGGCUGAUUAAUCGUAACGGCGGCAACAUGGAGCAGCCUCAGGAGACUGACGAACCUAACUCGGUCAUCUCCAACAUACUCGACUACCUUCGGCAACAAGGUGAGACCCUGGAUUUUCCUCCCAGCAAACUGAAGACGGGCAGCGGCGAGCAAGUGAUCCACGUGCUUGACUGCCUCGCUGACUUGGCACUCAAAACGACCGGCUUUGGCUGGCAAAAAACUGAAUAUCCUGUUGAGGUUGAGAAAGAAGAAGAGGAAGGGGAGGACGAUGCAGAGGUCACCAUAGAGAAAGUCGAGGAGGAGAUGCAGGAAAUUUACGAAGAUGACGAAGAAGAGGACGAAGAAAACAUCCGACAUCUCGAUGACUUCGCCGACCUAACGCGGACGAUUGGUGGUCAGAUGGACAGGCCUGAACAGAUACUGCAUUCCAACACCACGUCUGAGGAAUGGCGUCUCGAGCUCGAACGAGUCCUGCCACAACUGAGGGUUACUCUCAAGACUGACCAGCGUGACUGGAGAUCGCACAUUGACCAGAUGCACGAGUAUCGCAGCAAGAUCGACGAGUCGCUGGUCUACGCACAGAAGCAGCUCGACGCGCUGCACUCCGAGAUAGCGCAAAGCCUCGAGAAAAUUGGCUCUAGGGAGAAAUACAUCAAUGCGGAGGUUGAACAGCUGCUAACGGAGUACAGAAAUCUCCAGAACCAGUCAUCGGAGACACAGGAGCAGUACAAGUCAGUGUCGGCAAACCUCACCCAAAAAUCGCACGAGUUGGCGCAGAUCACAGACCAGCUCGACAGAAUCAAGCAGGAGAUGGAGGAACGAAGUUCCAGCAUGACUGAUGGAACUCCGCUGCUGAAUGUACGCCGGGCGCUGACGAGGGUGAAGAACGAGCUGACGGCGAUCGACGUUCGUAUCGGCGUGGUGCAGCAGAAGCUCCUGAUGACGCAGCUACGGGACAAAACCAACAUGCAGCGAGACAUGAACGCGCCCGUACACAACAACAUGGACAUGGGACUUUACUGAGAGACUACGCAUUUUUUAUCUCCAUUUGAUUGGGCUCAAAAUACACCAAGAAGGGACCGAUUUAUACCAAAUUUAAAUUUGUCAAUCUUCUUCAUAUGUCGAUGGGGUAAAAUUAAUUUUCUUGUAAUAUUUAGGUUAAUUGAAUUAUAUAUUAUAUUUCGAUCGUAAAGAGACAACGCUUAGUAAAUAUGGUCUCGA